GGCCACGUGAAACUCUCGGAUUUUGGUCUGUGUACUGGACUGAAGAAAGCCCACAGGACAGAAUUCUACAGAAACUUGAACCAUACUCUGCCGAGUGACUUCACUUUCCAGAACAUGAAUUCCAAAAGAAAAGCAGAGACUUGGAAGAGAAACAGGCGGCAGUUGGCGUUUUCUACCGUGGGCACUCCGGAUUACAUCGCCCCUGAGGUGUUCAUGCAGACGGGAUACAACAAACUCUGUGACUGGUGGUCGCUGGGGGUCAUCAUGUACGAGAUGUUGAUCGGUUACCCACCGUUCUGUUCUGAGACUCCUCAAGAAACCUAUAAGAAAGUCAUGAACUGGAAAGAGACUCUCACAUUUCCUCCCGAAGUUCCAAUAUCUGACAAAGCAAAGGAUCUUAUUUUAAGAUUUUGCUGUGAGUGGGAGCACAGAAUUGGUGCACCUGGUGUGGAGGAAAUAAAGAGUAACCCAUUCUUUGAAGGGGUUGAUUGGGAGCACAUCAGAGAGAGACCUGCUGCGAUUUCGAUAGAAAUUAAAAGUAUCGACGAUACCUCAAACUUUGAUGAAUUUCCAGAGUCUGAUAUACUUAAACCAACAGUGGCUACAAGCAACCACCCAGAGACCGACUACAAGAACAAGGACUGGGUUUUUAUCAAUUACACCUACAAGCGCUUUGAGGGCCUGACAGCCCGAGGAGCGAUACCAUCCUACAUGAAAGCAGGGAAGUAG